AUGGCUGCCAUCGUGGUGCAAGAUGAGUAUGUCCGGGUUAACACUUCGGAACCGGACCGUAACGGAGUCUUGGAUGCUAUGAAGCAACUUCUGGCGGGCGCAACUGUGCACUCCGAUUACAUGAGCUUCGGACCCAGCACCGAACAGCGGAUGUUGGAGGAGGCCUACCAGGGUGUUACCACCCAAUGCGCGGCCCAAAUCGCUCUGACGAAUUCCGAAGCCCAGGUCCCCAAUCUCAUCGAGAUGACAUACGUUGGCGAUGAGGGACUCUCCAAGCUAAAGCCAACCGCAAGGUUGAGCCCGAAGAGGAAGAAAGUCCUCAUCUUUGUCAGCGACUCAUCUACUGCGCUUUGUAAGGCAAACCGGAAAGGAAAGCUGACUAAGGGAGAUUUGGCGGUUGAAGUGGACAACGUGGCGCUCAGUUGCGGUUACCUCCACGAACACCUCAAGGUCGCGGCGGUGGAUUACCCCGACGCCUUGGUGGAUAUCAUCGUCUGGUGGGCCGGCAAUGAGAUCAGGACAGCGACCACCGAGCAAGUGGCGAAGAAGAUUCGCCGAGCUGCUGACUCCUUAGCCGCCCGCAAGGGUGAGCCCGGUAACGAGAUUGGCUUCAUCAAGAUCAUUGGGAAGGUUGAUUCCGAGUUGUUUCAGCUGCAUAACGCCUAUGACGACUUUAACGAAGCCAUGUUUACGGAGUUCACGAACCGAGGCUUGCAGACCCAAUCGGCGACCACCUGUGUGGGGAACCUCGAGCUGUAUGACGCGUUCCACGCCUCUGAGGCUGAGCAUAACAGAGAGGUAUUCACCGCGUACAUACACGCAACACUGUGCGUCAGUCGUGCCGAAUGGCUGGCUGAGAUGAUGCAGAUCGCGAUCAAGCCUUUGCGCCGCCAGUUUAAGCACAAAGAGCCCAACAACGCUGGAAGCCCAUCUGCCACAAAGGCUCUCCGUGACUGGCACGCCGAGAAAGAGAGGAUCAAGGCUGCCAGGGAGGGUGUCAAGAUCAAGAAGGAGCACUCCGAGAUCACGGAGGAGGAUAAAGCGUGGGAGCAGCCGGAUGUGGCCAAAGAUGUGCCGGACUUUGGACCCACCACCACGGCGGAGAGCAUUGCUGAGUGCGUCAACGACGUGGUGGUCCAAGACGCCGACGGCAAAGUCUCAUAUCAACCACCAAGCGAUGUGGACUUAGUCGAUGCUGGGGAUUAUGAUGUUCCAAUUCAAUCGUCAACGGGCCGGGUGAUCGAAGAUGCAGCGCCGACCACGGCAAAGGCUGCACCGACCAAGAAGUCCGACCAAGACGAGGACAUCCUCAGACGCGAGAUGUACGUCGACUAUAGCGCCCCGCAAGGGGUAGCCACAUCCACAGGGUCUCCGGCGCAGGAGUACUUCUACAACGGUGCAGCGCACCGCAUGCUGCCACUCAAUCCACAAGACAUUCGGGGAGACGCCGAUGUGAAAUUCAAUCAUGGCGAUCUCAAGUUUCUCUCCCUUCUGCUACGUGGUCACGAGCUCGAGCAGCAUGGCUUGGUCUUCGACAAAGGAUGUUGGACCGAUGUCGACAAGCUUCUUGACAGGUUAAACUACUGCCGCCAUCGGCGAUGGGGAGUGAGGCAGCUCCUUAGGGCAGCCAAGGCUGACAAAAAGAGGCGAAUCAGGUUGCUGGGCAUUGACGUCCCAAUGAAGGAGACAAUCGGACAGGAUCUUUUCCCUGUCAGGAUCCGCAUUGCCCAAGGCCACAACGAGAGAUUGGUUAGCGACGAGGAGGCUGACUAUCUCCUUGCAACGGCGUGGUACAGCAACUUGGACGCUGACGAGGCUGAGCUUAGAUCGAGUGAGUUUGGUGUCACAGUGCUUCCGGCCGCCGACGCCCCGAAAAGGAUCUACCGUCGCGCGACCGUCAGCGGCCUCCAGUCGAUCCUCAAGAAGAUGCCGUCGACAACAACCUCGGUGGAAGAGUUCGCAGACGUUGCCAUGGACGACGAUAAAGCCACCCGCAAGGUUGAGCCUUCUGCUGCUGUGGAUGUCGACAGUGACACAACCGAUGCGGGAGAGGACGACCCCUAUCCACUCGGGUCGUUCCCCUGCUCCAAUUGCCAAGCGGUUGUGGCCAAGGGGAUGCUCUUUUGCCUCAAAUGCAAAGCACCCCAGACGGAUGAAUCCUCUAAGGUGACAAAGAAGUUCUUUGAAAACAAAGGACUCCGUCUUCGCCUUCUCGCCACAGCCGCCGCAGGGGCACGGAAGCCAAUCGAAAAUCUGAUUAGCGCUGACUUCCGACAGCUGAACGCUUCCACGAAGAAGCGGGGCCAAAUGUCGGCCGAG